UGUAUUUCUCUUGUGUCUUGCAGUCCUGUACGAAGGUAGCGCUUGACUUUGUCUCACCUGAAAAUGUCGGCGAGUGUUUACGCUUGACAAAACAGUAUCGUCUACUUCCACCUAAUCAUUUUGCAAAAGAGGACAAGUUGGCGGUUAAGAAUAUGAUAGUCCAUGCAGUUGAUAAGUCUCUCAGGGACUUAAGUGGACAGGAGUCUCCAGAACCCAAAGAGAAAAACAAUUUUAAGCGAAGGAACAAGUCAAAGGGCAAAUGCAAAGCAGUUGUCAAGGCUCUGAAAGACGUACCUCCUAGUGAAAAAUGUUCUGAAGCCGAAGAGGAGAAAUUAAAGAUGAUAGUCAAUCCAAUCGAUAUGGCUCUCAAAGACUAUCCUCCAACUGAAAAGAAGUCUUUGGAAACCGAAGAGAAGAGAAAGCCAAAGAUAGUGAAGACAUACGUGCGGAGAAAAAAUCUGGGAAGUGAAGAAACACGUAGACAUUGGCUGAUUACAAACGGAGAAGAGUAGGAGUAAUUGUUAGUUGCAUCUCAAAACUCAUCCUUUUUGUUGUUGGUAGCUUAAAGCAAACACUAAGGCAGUAGUAAGAAGAUUCGUUGUCCGUAGUUAUAUCUAGUUUUGUCAUAAUUUGUAAUUCUCUCCUCAAUCAUCUUUGUGAAGUUAGUCAAGUCUGAGAAGUAGUUAACUUCACCC